UCUAACGAUGCCGAAAAAUCCCAACUUGAUCUUUAUUUGGAAGAGCCAAGGAUUCCAAUAUCGGGAGCAUUUGAUGUCUUGGCAUAUUGGAGAGAGCGAGCUAAUAGAGGGAAAAUUAUUGCAAAGAUGGCUUGUGAUAUAUUGAGUAUUCCGAUAACAACCGUAGCAUUGGAGUCCACUUUUAGCAUUGGAUCUCGUAUUUUGAACAAGUAUAGAAGUCGUUUGCAUGAUGAAACAGUUCAAGCUCUCUUGUGCACACGGAGUUGGUUACAUGGUUUUGGAGAUGAUGAUGAGGAGGAGGAGUCAAGCAUUGAUGAUAUAAGACUUUCUAAACAAGACUCAAAUGUUGUUGUUGAUGAAGAUGAUGAAGAUUAGAGGCAUAAUUUUUAAUUAUUUUUUUUCUUCUUAUUUGUAAUUUAGCCUCCAGAAAUGGCUUUUUGAGCAGGUUGUU